AUGAAAAAUGCUUCUACCGAAUCUGAUCACAAACGAUUAGCACGUUACAUACUCGCAAGAUAUGGCGCCUAUCCAACUGUAUGGAUAACUGCACAGGAAUUCAACGAUGUACAUUCUGGAUCAUGCGGUCAAUGUUGGGCAAAUGUUGCUGCGUACGUAUAUGAUCUUGAUCCAUACAAACGCGCCAAUAGCAUGCACAACGCUUACACAAAUCCUAUCGUAUAUCAUGAUCAGUCAUGGUAUGGAUUUGUUACUCUUCAACAAAGCCAUAAUCGAGUGAGUUCAGUAGAUUACUGGCUCACACAAUAUAAUGCCAUUCCGCCACGACCUAUUCUUGAAGACGAAGCCAAUUAUGAAGAUAUUAUUCCAUGGUAUGGUGGUGGUACGAUAACACCUAAAUGGAAAACUCGUCAAAGUGCAUGGCAAUCACAAAUUGCUGGAACUUUUGGAUUUACUUAUGGAGCACAAGGUAUUUGGUGGGCCUGUUACACAACUCUAGAUAUUAAUUAUAAUUGUGGCAAUGGUAGUGAUGCACGAGCUUGGAACACAGCCAUUGAUUUUCCUGUUGGUGAACAAAUGUCUUUUAUGGCACGCUUUUGGACAUCGUUUGAAUGGUGGUUGUUGGCACCUGAUGGAGAUGCUAUAAUUUGGUCAUCUGCUCCAAAUAAUACUCAAAAACCUUAUCAAAAAACGGAUGGGAAUAAUCGUACGCUAGUGAUUGCUUAUCUACCUUUGCAAUUGAAUGGGACAAUUUAUAAUGGAACAGUAAGAAACUUAUCACCUACUGGCUUGUACACAUCUCAAUGGUUUAAUCCACGUAAUGGUACUUAUUCAAUUAUAGAUGAAGGAUGGAUGCCCACAAAAGCUGGUUUGUGGAAUAUUCCAUCUCAACCUACUUCUACUGAUGAUUGGAUACUUAAGAUUCAACGUAUCAAUGGUCCUAACGCAUUGCCUAACUUUGCAUUCGGUGCGAGCAUAAGAAGUUCAUCAAAUAGGAACAUAAAUCAGACGUCUAACAAAGCUGUUGAUGGUGACUUGGGUAUAUAUUGGCAGGCUAGAGAUGCACAAGGAUUUAGUAAUUCCUGGUUAGCAGUAGACUUUCAUGUUAAUAUUACUUUUAACAAAGUAUGUAUCAUUGAAUAUGAUCAACGUACUACUGGCUAUCGUAUUGAAUAUUGGAACGGAACGCAUUGGUUAAUUGCUUACACUGGGUUUACGAUAAAUCAUGAAGGUAUUAUUUUUAAAGCAGUUACUGGUAGUCAAAUGCGCAUUAUAUUCACUUCAGGAAUAGGAUACUCCCCAAUCAUUUAUGAACUGGAAGUAUAUGACUCAACUUCAAUAGCUACAUAA